UUUUUUGAGAGCGCGCCGAGAGCCGCGCACGUGCAGCAGAGUCCGAGAAAGCCGGCGUUGUGAGUUCGCGAGUUGAAGUGAGCGACCAUGUGAGACUUUUAGCCGCCGGUUAACGAGGAUUGGAUUUCACUUUUUUUUUCCUUCUGAAUCGUGUCGAAGAUCCAGUUGUUAUUUAGCGGAAGUGAUCGAUUUAUAUUGACUCGAGGACAGUGCCAUGGCGCGUAUUAAGGUGAUAGUCGCGCUAUUCUGCGUUUUACUUGUGGGUCGCCAAGUCACCGCAGUGAUAAACAAAGCAAGCUCACAGUCUACUCCGGCAAAAGAAGACGAGAAGAAUGACUCCGUAGCAGCGGAAGACAGACUCAGCAAUUCUUACGGGCCACCAGCUGAUGAUUAUGGCCCACCACCAAGUUCCAACUACAAUGGACCAGCUCCGGUUUACGGACCUCCCGAAUUGACUGGAGAUAGGAGUCCUCCAAAAAUUUACGAACCUCCACCACCAGAGCAGCCACCGGCGUUCAAUGCACCACCACCGUUUUUGGGAAAACCAAAACCCCAGUACGGGCCACCCAAGUCUAACUUCAGGCAACCUCCACCAAAAUCUAGCUACGGACCACCGAAGCCUCAAUAUGGUCCACCCAAACCUCAAUAUGGACCACCGAAGCCACAGUACGGCCCACCCAAGCCACAAUACGGACCACCUAAACCACAGUACGGCCCACCUAAACCACAGUAUGGACCACCUAAACCUCAGUAUGGUCCACCUUCUGGCCCAUCGUUCAGUCCACCAAAGCCGGAAUACGGUCCUCCUCCAAAGUUCAGUGGCCCCCCGUCUUCCCAGUAUGGACCACCAUCUGGCGGAUUUGGUGGAUCUCCUCCAGGCCAUGGACCACCGAUCCCACUGUCAGUGGAAGCUUAUGGGCCACCAACGAAGACACCAUCGGCACCAUUUGUCUCCAAACCCCAAGAUGAUUACGGUCCACCACCACCGCCAUCAGGACCUCAGCAACAGUACGGACCGCCCGAUGAUCUUUACGGGCCACCGCCACGACCACCACCAGGCGUGCCAGCUCCCCCGACUCCUCCUGAUAUAAAAUACGAUGGCUGGCAGCCAAUUGCUGGUCACGUGAGCGCACCAAAUCAACAAGCCCAGCAAGAUAACUAUGGCCCACCACCUCCACCUCCAUCAAAUGACUAUGGUGCUCCUCCUUCUAACGAUUAUGGCGCUCCUCCUCCCUCUAACGAUUAUGGUGCUCCUCCAUCAAACGACUAUAGAUCUCCUCCCUCAAAUGACUAUGGUGCUCCUCCUCCAUCGAACGAUUAUGGUCCUCCAUCGUCCUCGAAUGACUUCGGACCUCCACCUCCACCUCCCUCGAACGAUUUUGGUCCACCCUCAAACCAAUAUGGCGCUCCUCUGGGAAAUAACGGACCACCCUCAGGAGGUGGUUCGGAUCAUGGGGUUCUUAUACAUCCUACGGAUCCUAAUGUUCCAAGCGAUUCUUAUGGAGCUCCACUGAGCAAUCCAGACGACCACAACUUGAAAUCAUCAGUAUCACAGUCCACUGCAUCUCAUGAGAACAAUGGUUUACUACCUCCGACUCUGCCUCAGUCGGAGCCAUUACACAAUCUUCAACUUCCCAUUGACAGCUCUUCUUCAAACAACAUACAACACGGAGUUUCAGACGCGAAUUCACUGUCUAUUGUAAAAACUGUUGGCUUCGAAUUACUGCCUAACCCUGGAGCACUGACAGGCGGACACAUAAGUGACUCUUAUGGACCCCCAUCUCACGGUGGCUCUUAUUCUGGCGGAGAUGAUUUGUCGGCCCAGCAGCUGCCAGCACCAUCCAAUAAUUACGGCCCACCAUCGGGAGGCUUCGAUUCAGGUUUUUCAUCCUUCACGUCUCAUGGGCACCGCGGCUUUUCUUCCUCCAAUCAAUUCAGCGGAGGUUUCCACAAAAACAAUGGCCACUACCGCAACAGGAAUCGCGGAGGAUACAGGCCACCACCUCCUCCAGGCGGUUUCAUCCCCCCACGAAGACCUCCCAUGAAAUUCAGAGACUCGGUACCAGCUGGUUUAUUGACCAACAUAAACAGGUACCCAGGUCCAGCAAUCAAGCCACAUAAAACUUACGGAGUUCCAUCCGUCCAUGAUCAACAGCUUCCGAGUCUCCAAAAUCCCGUGUCUUUCCACAGCUCGUCGAACUCUUUCGCUUCGAGUAACUCCUUUGCUAAAGCUAAUUCGUUCAACUCUCACUCACCCGUGGCAGCACCGAACGUAAAUUACGGAACACCACUGUCGUUCAAUGACUUCAACACGCCAGCUCCGUCUUUGACGUACGGCGCACCCAACUUUGGACCACCCUCGUCCUUAGGCGGUGGCGGUAAUUUGUACAAUGGCAUCGAGCCGUCUAUCGCGCCUACUUACGGAGCACCAGCCAUCACCGUCCCCGGACACGAUUGUCAGAACAAUGGAGGCAGCUUCCAGUACAACUUCGGUGGCUCGCAACCGCUGAACUUUGACACAUCGAACCAUCAGAACUUCGCGAGCGUCAAUGUCGGAGGCGGAUCAGAAAGCUUGAAUGCUCAAUAUGGAACUCCGCUCCUGAAUGUAUUGUCCCACACUUUGAGCACUUCAUAUGCUGCACCAAACGUGAAUGAGUUGGAAUUGCAGAAUCAGAAUCACAAUCAAAACGACUUGAAAGACAGCUAUGGUAAUCCGAUAGGUGACACCUACGGAGCACCCGACCAGUCUGGUGCCGCAGCCGUGACUAGCGUGCAAACUCACGCGCAAUCAGCUUCCAACGAAUUCUCGGAUUCGUCCAGCCAUAGUCAGAACUCGUUAUCUGGAGGUUCGUCUCUCCAAGGUCUUUCCGCUGAACAACUGACAGCUGCUUUGACCGCGCAGGGCUACGGUACCGAAGCUAAGAACAUCAUUCCAUCGACGGAAGUCGACGCGACCCAGUUCAUCAAAUCCGACGAGGGAGGCCAAGCUCUGGCUCUAGCACAAACUUUGACAGCUGACGGUGAUGGUUUCCAAAUCCAAGGAUCCCAAGGAACCUACUCGCUCCAAAUUCAACCAGCCGACGGCGGAUACGGUACUGAAGGUUCCGAUGGAAACAUCAGGCACGAUCAGGUACUGUCGAACGGACUGUUGCAGAACAUCUUGGCAGCUAUUGAACAGCAGCCCGGUGGUGGACAAAUCAUGCUCCAAGGUCUGCCGCAGUCACAGGGUCUGGAACAGCUGUACGGAGGAGACUUGAGCCAUGCUGCAAGCUCGUCGAUCGUCAACAAUAUCAAGAGUUCGACCGAAAACAAGGAACAACCCAAGCAACUGAGGGGCGACACAAGUCCCGCCGAUGACAGUCAAGACCAGGAGCCUUACGCGUCCGAAGACAGCAAAAUAGCAUUAUUCUUCAAUCAAAGCUACGACGGUACGAACAAAGAAGCGAGAUCGACAUCGAAAAGCGAAAAGCAAGCUGAGAGCACGUCGAACGAGAAGGACAACGCAGAUAAAACCAAAACGUCAUAAAUUAACGAUGCGAAGUAAAGAUUCUAAAAAUAAAGUAUUUAUUGUAACAAUAACACGAGACAGCGGAAGAAGCAUCAUCGCCGUUACACCUGAUACAGAUUUGUACAGCGUUCGACGAAAUUUUCAGUGAAAGUGCCAUUCAGAAGAUAGAAUGUUUUGUACAGCUUGUAGCUAUAUAAUACUCAGCGUGUAAUUAAAAAAAGGCAGCUCCAUGCAUCGUUCAAUUAAUUGGAAAGCGAUGUUAUUAGUCGAAUGCAAACGUAUGGAGUCCGAAUUGUUAGUGCUUUUUCCUUGAUAAAACAAUCGAGCCAGCUUCGAGGAGAAAGUAAGAAGGAUCUUCCCGAGCAGGAACUGCUUUUCACUCUCACGAUCCUACCGUAAAUAUUAAGGAGCCUCAAGAUCGUCGAGAGCAGCAGCGGAGGUGGAAAAGGAGGCGGAGAGAGAAGAAGACCCUUUCUCGGCCAGAGGCGCACCGACUCGACGAAAGUAGCUGCUGACCUCUCGGGUCGGCUCUCGGCGAAAUCGUGUCGCGAUCUUGACACGAAUACUAUGGCUGAAGGAAAAUGCUACCCACGCACAUAUACGAGUAUAUUUGCAAACACACACGGAGUUUGUUUUGAAAAGUUGGACGAUUUUCGUCGCGCGGAAGACACACACACGGCGAAGACGGGAGGAAAACGAGUUUGCGUUCGCUUCCUCGAGCUUCGUUACGACUAAAUAAUUCAUACUCAUUAAGGUCAUUGGGUUAAAGUGCUUCUCGCCGGAGUCACGUGUGCAUGUUUUUGCCUGCGAGCGUGUGAGUGUAUCCUCUAUGCUUUUCUUUUUUAUACUCGUUUACUCUUACGGCAACGUAGAUAGUUAGCGCGGAAAAAAAAAUCACAAUCACGAUGCCUGAAUGGAGUGCGCGACUGUCCGUUUUUGUAAGGUAUGAAUGAGCUGCCUGGGGUUCAGUGCUACCUUAAGACCGAUUCAGAGUCAAGAUUACAGGUUGAUUUACCGCGAGAGAAUCUGCGACUUCUACUAAGCGAUCGAACGAUGACUGGAGAAAUUUGUACUUUACGAUUGUUGCGUUUGCUGAUAAAGUUUAUUUUUUAUAUAGAGAACGUUUUUAUACAUCGUCAAUGGAAGAAUCGCUCGACAUCACUAUAAACGCGCGGCGUCAUCGCUGCCAAGCCAUAAAAGAGUUCUUGUGUGGAUGUGUCUAUAAUUUUUUGUACUAUUAUUACUUAAUUUAUUAUUUUAUAUUAUACCAUUAAAUCCAGACGCGCGUAUCUGGUGAUUAUGGUUAUAUCCGACGAGCGAUCGAACGAAAUCUCUCGCUGGAUAUAAGAGAGUGACGCGUUUAUGCGCUAUAUGUAUUUCCGUGUACACAUUGUGCACCACGCGUGUAAAUAUAUGCAUAUCUUGUAAAUAAAAAAA